AUGAUUAUUCCGACACUCGUGCAGCUCAGCAGUCGAGUUCUGGGAAAAUAUUUCCUAUCGAUCGAAAGCUUUCGAUAUAUUCCGGAUGAAUUUGUCGAGAACAUCUUUGACAGUUAUCUGAAAAUGAAUUCAUCGCUAUCGAUUAUAAGCCAAGAAGAUAUGAUACGAAUUGUAAAAGUGUUAACAGAUUAUCAUGGUGACUUAUUCUGCACAAGUUUCUCUUAUAUUAUUGCGAAUCAUUUGAAUAUCUUAACUUCGAAUUUUUACUUUCAUUUAUUUAAAUGUGUACAUAGAAAUUUAGUUCAAUUGGACUUUUCUCAUGCGUUGGAGAAAUAUACAUUGGAAGAGAAAGAACAGUUCUUGAACAUUUUCGGUCAAAUGGAAACAAUUGAAUAUUUGAGAUUAACUUAUAAUCGAUUAGAUGAUGAUGAUAUUCGAUUAUUGACUGCAAGUCAUCGGAUUCAAAGCAAAGCAUUGUGUAAUUUGCAUAGUUUGCAUCUUCAAGGUAAUCAUCUUACCAGUCGUUCGGCUCGGUUCCUCAAAUCACUAACAACACUUGAUACUUUGUAUAUCUCCCUGGCAUCUCUUCAUGACAAAUCGGAAUUUGUUAGAGAGUUCGACAAUCUUUACGAAUGUAUUUGUUCGGUGCAGAAUAGUUGGGAGGAAAUUAUCAAUCGAGGUUGGAUUGGCAAGAUUCCUCAAUUGCAAUCUUCGAAUGCAUCAGGCGACAAUAGUUUUUAUCGCAAACGACGUCGUGUAGAUAAUGAUGAUUCAAUUGCCUUAAUCAAACUCGUUCGGCAUUGUUCAACAUGUCAGCCAAAUUCAUUGAAAAAAACGAUGAAGAAAACGGAGAAAAUCAUUUCUAAUCCAAUAGGAUUCAUAGAUUCUAAUAUGCUUUCAUCAAAAUCAUUUUCCUUAGUUCGUUUGAACCAAUCGACGCAUCUGUUUCGACGUUCUUUUUUUAAUCAAACUUAUAUUAAUGGUCAAUGGGUUUCAUCACAAACGGGAGAAACUUUUAAAGUUUAUAAUCCAGCAAACGGCGAAGAAGUAGGUAGUGUACCUAAUUGCAAUACGCAAGAUGCGGAAAAGGCCAUUCAAGCAGCGUAUGAUGCAUUUCAAAAUAAAUGGUCAACGAAGACGGGAAAAGAACGAAGUGUCAUCAUGAGAAAAUUCAAUGAUCUAAUCUUGAAAAAUAAAGAUCAUUUGGCAAAAAUCUUGACAACUGAAAUGGGUAAACCGGUAAAAGAAGCCGCUGGAGAGAUUGUGUACGGUGCAAGUUAUAUCGAAUGGUUUGCAGAAGAAGCAAAACGUAUUCACGGUGAUGUACUUCCAGUUGGGAUAGCAAAUCGCCGUUCAUUUGUUCUUCGUCAGCCAAUUGGUGUCUGUGGUUUUAUCACACCAUGGAAUUUCCCAAGUUCAAUGAUUCUACGCAAAGCUGGUCCAGCACUGGCUGCUGGCUGUACGAUUGUAGUUAAACCAGCAGAAGACACACCCUACUCGUGCUUGGCUCUUUGUGAUUUGGCAAAAGAAGCAGGUUUUCCUGAUGGUACAUUGAAUGUGUUAACCAGUACACGAUCAGCUGAGAUUGGUAAAUUUCUUUGCGAACAUCCCCUGAUUUCCAAAAUGUCAUUUACUGGAUCGACUGAGGUCGGAAAGAAGAUCAUGGCGAUGUGUGCAUCAACGGUGAAAAAAAUAUCGUUGGAACUUGGUGGAAAUGCACCAUUCAUAGUAUUCAAUUCUGCAGAUGUCAAACAAGCAGUACAAGGAGCAAUGGCAUCGAAAUUUCGUGCUUCCGGUCAAACGUGCGUGUGUGCGAAUCGAAUUCUUGUGCAAGAUGGUAUUUAUGAUGAAUUUGUUGCCGAAUUUACCAAGAAAGCUAAAGCACAGAUUGUGGGAGACGGCCAAGACGAGCGAACACAUUUAGGACCGGUUAUCAAUAAAGAUCAAUACGAAAGAAUUAUCGAUUUUAUUGAUGACGCCAAAAAACAAGGAGCAAGAAUUGUCACUGGUGGAAAUGAGAAGAAAGGAAAAGAAUCAGGAUUUUUCAUUCAACCAACUGUCGUCGCUGAUGUUAAGUUAUCGAUGCUUGUAGCUAAAGAAGAAAUAUUUGGACCUAUCGCUGCACUUAUCAAGUUUAAAACAGAAGAUGAAGCCAUCAAAAUUGCGAAUUCAGUCGAUGUCGGUCUUGCGGGUUACUUCUAUAGUCAAGAUUUAUCACAAAUUUGGCGUGUGGCAGAACGACUUCAAACUGGUAUGGUCGGUAUCAACGAAGGACUUAUCUCAUCCGUUGAAGCGCCAUUCGGUGGAAUAAAGCAAAGUGGUUUCGGACGUGAAGGUUCCAAAUAUGGUAUUGAUGAUUAUGUUAACAUGAAAUAUCUCUGUAUGGGCGGUUUAAAAGAUGUUGAUCGAAGUUCGCAAUAA